UACAUCUGCCGUUUCCUUCCUCUCAUGUCCGCGUUGUUUCUGCAAACUGACUUGGCGUAUUCGAAUAGAACGUGUGCUUCUUUUUGCUUUUUCGCCUGGAUAGGUUCACACUGCCGCACAGGCCUACCACUGUUUAAACAUCAACAGCAUUUCAUGUAGUGUAACUUCAAUGCAUAGAGUUUGGUGAGAUCAGUAGCGGCAGAGCGAUUGAGUAUUGAUUGACGUGAGAGUGUGGAUUCUUUUUUUUGAGUACGGAGAUUUGAAUUCUAUGUCCGUCGAUUGAGGAAGUUUACGGUAGUGGAGUUCGCUACAUAUUCUUUCAACCUGCCUGUCGACGGAGUUGCUUUUUGUGAGCGGCGUUGUGGGAGGUGGUGCGACCUCCGAGGAUUCAGCAUUUCAUGUUUUAAUUGCUGUAGCGAGACUUUAGGAAGAGGCUUACGAAUCGCUGGAAUGUUGAAGACAGGUUUCACCUAGCGAUGAAUCGACAUGUACGUAUUGAUCGUGUGAUUUGAGUGGCAGCAGACACUAUGACGGAUUCGAGAUAUUGAAGAGUACGACCGAGGAUAUAACUAAUUGGAGCUUGUACUUCACUGAGUGUUUUCUCCGUUUCCGAUUCUAGCCUACCAAUAAUUUUAGAGAAAUAAAAAUCAUGGUACAUAGACAAGGCAAUAGACCACUUCUUACCUGGCCAUUAAUAAUCCUCUCCCUUCUAUCGUUAGUUUCUGCCACAAGAGUUUCGCCAUUCGACUUUCGGGUGAGGCCUGAGCUGCACUCAGACCGUUCACCUGAACCUCAAGGGCCUCAAUCGUACGCUGCGUCAGAGUCGGCAUGGCCAUCAUUCAGAGAAGCACCGGUGUUUCGGAAUGGGAGGCGUUGCGCUUUUGUCAACAGAACAGGGAACGACACAUGCGAUCCAAACUCGGUGCACAUUGCGAUGACGCUUGAUGUAGAAUAUUUGCGAGGCUCAAUAGCUGCCAUCUUCUCUAUCUUGAAGCAUACAGCGUGCCCAGAGAAUGUUAUUUUUCACUUCUUCGCCGCGAAUCGAGAUGAGGAACUGCGAUUUCUCGUUUGUUCUAUUUUCCCUUUCUUGAGAUUCAAGGUGUAUCACUUCGACGAGGCGCUGGUGAACUCUAGAAUUUCGCCGUCCGUGCGACCGGCGUUGGAUCAUCCUUUGAAUUAUGCGCGGAGCUACAUGUCAGAUAUUCUAGAGCCCUGCAUACAGCGAGUUAUUUAUCUGGACUCGGAUCUCAUCGUGGUGGACGACAUUGUGAAGCUCUGGGGAACCAAGUUAGGACCUCAUGCCAUCGGCGCUCCAGAGUACUGCCAUACCAAUAUGACGAAAUAUUUCACCGACGCAUUCUGGGCAAACAGAACCUUAUCUCGCAUUUUCGAUGGGAAGAAGCCUUGCUAUUUUAAUACCGGAGUUAUGGUGAUGGACAUGACGAAGUGGAGAAUUGCGAAUUAUCGUGCGGAGAUCGAGCAUUGGAUGGGAGUUCAAAGCAGGACUAGGAUUUAUGAGUUAGGUUCACUUCCCCCGUUUUUGCUUGUUUUCGGAGGAUUGGUGGAGCCAAUUGACCACAGAUGGAAUCAACACGGCCUUGGUGGGGACAAUUUGGAGGGGAAGUGCAGAUCGCUUCAUCCCGGUCCCGUGAGUUUGUUGCAUUGGAGCGGUAAGGGGAAACCAUGGAUUCGAAUUGACCAGAAAAAGACAUGCCCUGUGGAUAGCCUUUGGGUGCCUUAUGACCUUCUCCUUUCCCCGUUGUCUUACCAAUAAGAGGACAUUUGAGGAAUGAAAAGAAGUGAAGGAAACGCUAACACCAAUUGCAGCGAAGGUUCUUAUGUUGUAGAUGUACAAUAUUAUAGAGUUGAUGAGGGCAUAGAGUAUUGACCGAUUCGUCUAUCUUAUACAAAAAAAAAUUGAUUCUAACACCAGUUUAACAAUUAAACCAGUGAACACUGCUCCGCACUAACUGUAGGGCAUCAUUCACGUAAGUGAGAUUGCUUCCUCGAGAACAUGAUCUGGUAGGGAUAGUGAGAACAUGUACAAACACUUGAGAAGAUUUUGUAUUUCGUGCGAAAGUUUUGUUCAGCAUAGCUAGAGGUGAUUCGUGCGGAGGGUCUGCAAAGUAUGAGCCGUUCGAUCGCUAGUAAUCGUGUUUGCAGAUUUCUUGUAGCUGGAAGCUUUGGAUUCUAGAUCACUAUUGCGCUGCUGAGCUUCUUAAGUAUUGUGGCACAAAUGUAAUAAGUUAUGAUGCGGCAACUGACAAAAACUUUGCCUACUCAUUGUCGCUCUGUUAUCUAUCCAGGGUUCAA